GUUUUGCCACGUGGCAUUGGAGUCCCUGCCCGCGGUGGCUCAUCUUCCUCUUCCUCCGACCGUAGCACCGCCCGCCCGCUCCUCGGCCCAGCAUGGUUGACACGUAUGGACGCAGCCGGCCGCGGCAAGCCAACAUCAUCAACGCGCGCAGUCGGCUUCACUCGCCUCUCUUCCGCCACGGGCGCUCGGCCACGUCCAGCAGGGCCGACGACGACGGCAACGACGACGGCAGUGCCGACGACCCGCUCGUCCGAGAGACGCCCUUGUACCGCCACAAGCAGUCCUUCUUUGGGCAGGACUUUGAUGCGACCGUUGCAGCCUCGGCGCCCGUGCGGGCCAGCCCCAUGGCGGUCGCCUCCGACAGCGGCCGGCCGCCGGUCCGUGGCGGCGCUGCCCGCUCGUCGGCCGGCUCGACGUUGGACGAAGGAACGCACGGCGAGUGCCACUCGGAGAGCGCGCUCGAUACCAAUUGGGACGCGCCGCUCUUGACGGCCGAGAACAUUGGCAGGGCAUUCUCGUCCGUCUCGCGCGCCGGCAGCGCGUCGCAGCUGCGCGCCGUGAGCAGCGAAGUCUCAGACUCGCUCUCGCGCAUGAAGAUGCGCAAGCAAGAGAUCGAGAUGGCGUCGCUCGUGCACAAGGUCCAGUCGCAGCUCCGCACGAUGGAAGACGUCAUUAAGGAGCUCCAGAACGAACACGCGAUCAAGAACGAGAUGAUCAAGAAGCAGAUGAACGAGACGAACCGCAUUCUCGCCGAGCGCGACCAGCUCCAAAUGGAGCUCCGUAGCGCGUCCCAGAAGAGCGCGUCGCCCAUCUCGAACGACAUGACGCACCUCCGCAGCUCGCUCCAGUCGUUCAUGCAGCAGACGGAGCAGACGCAGUUCCUCAUGAUGGAGCAGCUCAAGAGCAUCGAGUCGAGCAAAGGGUCGCCGCAGCGCCGCCACUCGGUCGACGCGCAAAAGAUCGAAGCGUCUGUCAAGUCGGCCAUGUCCGAGUUUGCCUCACUGCAGCAAAACAUGAUGCAAGCCCUUGCGCCGCCGACACUGCCGACACCACCGGUCGCUGACAAGCCAGUUGAGAAGUCGGUUGAGAAGUCGGUUGAGAAGCCGCGGUCGCUCCCGCCCGUCAAGACCGCGUCGUCGGCGUGGAAGACGGCUUUCUUUGCGAUGAUUGGCAUCUGGCUCGUCACACUUGGUGUUGGCGCAGCCCAGCACUUGUACGGCCUCGACCUCGUCGCGUUUGUGGCGCAAGAGACGCGCGAAAUGCACGUCCUCGUUGAGACACUCCAGGACAUCGAGACGGUGCCUGACGCCACGACGCCGACGUCGCCCACCAUUGACAUCGUCGCGGACGUGGUCACGGUCCAAGUCAACACGGACGGCGCCGUCGACGCGCGUGUUGAGGACGCCUUUGUCAACGUCACUUCGGCCGACGACGACGUCGAUGCGACGGAAGAGGACAGCGGCAUCGCCGAUACGGCUACCACCAGCCAUGUCGACAACGGGGUCCGUGAUGUCACCAAAGACUACGAAAGCGUCGGCAACAGUGACGCCGACGCAUCUGCCGUAGAUGCCAAAGAAGAUGUUGUUGACGUCCAGGAAGGACCCGCCAAGCAAGUCAUCGUCGAAGAGAUCCAGGACGUCGUCAUUGAAGAGGUCACGGAAGCUGAAGAUGCAAAGGAACGCGUUGAAGAGAUCAAGCAAGAAGAGGUCGCGGACGACACCGUGGAGGAGGUCAAGGACGAGGUUGUCAAGGUCAAGGACGACGUUGUUGACGUGCCGACGACAAACGAUGAAGCGAUUGGCGGUGAUACGAAGGAAGCCGAUGACGUUGUAAGCUCGGAUGCUACCGAUGCCCUGGACGUCGUCAACGUCACUGCGACUGCCAACCCCGAGUCCAACGCCACAGCGCUCGUCGUCGACGCGGUACCGUUGUCGGUAGCCGUCGUUGAGGUGACCACGGACGUCUCGAGCGAGAUUGUUUUGGGUGUCGAGACCGCUUCGAAUGCGUCGGUCGCGAUCGUCGAGGCCGUGGAUGCCUCAAAUGCCAACGAAGCCACCUCCGUCGACGCCGCUGAUAACGCAGACGAGACCGACGGGCCAACGCCCGUCGACGUCGAAGCCUCGGUCGAUAUCGAGUCGAACGUUGACGACGACAGCGCACCUGAAGUUGGCGAGGCGUCUCCACUCACCAAGCACGACCAAGCCGCGGACGAGACGUCGGAGGCCUCAUCUGAAACGCCGGAAGCGUCCAAGCAAGUGCCAGAAGCCAUCGUGGACGAGUCGCCGGACGCCUUUGCGCAAGAGCCGGAAGCCACGAAGGACAAAGCGCCGGAAGCCACGAAGGACCCCACGCCCGGAGCGUCGAAGGAAGAGCCCGAAGCCACCAAGGACGAGAGCUCCGAACCCGAGCUUGUGGCGGCCAACGAUGCGCCCGAAAUUGCUGCGUCGCAAGAUGCGGCGCUUGUGGCCAUUGUGACGCAGUUCAGCGCGUACACCAACGUCACGUCGCACGCGCUGAACACGUCGGCGGUGCCUGCCGACGUCACGACAGCAACCGACGACGCUUCCAUCCAAGCCGAUUCUGCGACGACUGACGCGGACGCUGACGUCGUCGACGAGCCGGCCGUCAACGCUGACGCCGAGCCAGUUGUCAUCAGCGCUGUAGACGUGGAAGAGGCGACCAAGGCGCCCGUCUCGGACAGCGCGCCUGUUGAAAUUGAGCUUGAAGCCUCGGAGGACAUCGCUCCCUUCGACAUGAGCGCCGCCGACGUCGUCGGCGCAUCUGCGUCCGACAAAGCCACCUCGGACAACACGAUCUCGGACGACACGCUCGUGGAGGACGCUGCCACGACCGUCGCCACGUCGGACGACGCACCGACGUCAAGCCAAGACGCGGGGGCCGAAUCCAAGGUCGUCACCAGCGAGCUAACGUCGUCCAGCGACAAGCCCACCGUGCUCAGUGCGGCGGCCAAGGCCCUCGAGUCGCUGCUCGCGGACAAGUAGUGUCGUCUUUCUAAUUUAACGUCGCUUUGAUACCUUGAUACCUUGA